CCGGCUUUGAGCGACCUCUUUCCCAUCUCAACGAAACAAUUAAAAAUCUUCCAAAUCAUCGCAACAUAACCCCAGUUCUUUGUAAUUUGCAUAUUUUUGGUAACAAUGGAAGUGAUGGACGUUGUAGUGCCCGAAAAGGAUGAAGGGAGCCCUGCUGAAAUUAAACCCAAUCUCCAAGACUGCGACAUGGAAGAUCUCUACACCAAAUACAAGAAAUUGCAACAAAUGCUCGAAUUCCUUGAAGUGCAAGAAGAGUACAUCAAAGACGAGCAACGCAACUUGAAGAAGGAGUAUCUUCACGCCCAGGAGGAAGUCAAGAGGAUCCAAUCGGUGCCGCUGGUUAUUGGCCAGUUUCUUGAAGCUGUUGAUCAAAAUACCGGGAUUGUGGGGUCAACCACUGGGUCAAAUUACUACGUCCGGAUUUUGUCAACGAUUGAUCGCGAAUUGCUCAAACCGUCGGCUAGUGUGGCCUUGCAUAAGCAUAGUAACGCCCUUGUGGAUGUUCUUCCGCCUGAAGCGGAUUCAUCCAUCAGUAUGCUGCAAGCUGAUGAGAAGCCUGAUGUUCAAUACAGCGAUAUUGGAGGUAUGGAUAUGCAAAAACAGGAGAUCCGCGAAGCCGUGGAGUUGCCUCUUACUCAUUUCGAGCUGUAUAAACAAAUCGGGAUAGACCCUCCACGUGGUGUUUUGAUGUACGGGCCCCCAGGCUGUGGCAAGACAAUGUUAGCCAAAGCUGUGGCGCAUCACACCACUGCUGCGUUUAUCAGAGUCGUGGGGUCAGAGUUUGUCCAGAAGUACCUAGGGGAGGGACCUAGAAUGGUGCGAGACGUGUUCCGAUUGGCCAAGGAGAAUUCGCCCGCUAUUAUUUUCAUUGAUGAAAUUGAUGCCAUUGCUACUAAGAGAUUUGAUGCCCAGACGGGGGCCGACAGAGAGGUACAGAGGAUUCUCUUGGAGUUGCUCAACCAAAUGGAUGGCUUUGAUCAAACUACCAACGUUAAAGUGAUUAUGGCCACUAAUAGGGCCGAUACUCUCGAUCCGGCUCUGCUCCGACCUGGCCGUUUGGACCGGAAAAUUGAAUUCCCAUUGCCCGACAGGAGACAAAAAAGAUUAAUCUUUAGCACAAUCACGUCGAAGAUGAAUUUAUCGGAAGAGGUCGACUUGGAGGAUUUCGUUGCCCGACCUGACCGUAUUUCAGGUGCUGAUAUCAAUGCCAUUUGUCAAGAAGCCGGAAUGCAUGCCGUGAGGGAAAAUCGCUACAUCGUAUUGCCGAAAGACUUCGAAAAAGGUUACAAAAAUAAUAUUAAGAAGGAUGAAAGCGAACACGAAUUUUAUAAAUAAAUUAUUUAAGGUCGUUUUACUUAUUUAAUUUUGUAUGUGUAAUUAAUGUCUGAAUUAAAAUAGUAAUUACCGA